GUUUGCGUCGCAAAGUUUGGAAGUCGAAUGUCCCUAGAUCUCGUCAUCUGGCUGAAGCUUUUAUUUUUCUACUCAAAUACAAAUUCUGGACAUUUUAAGACCUCUUAUCAAUACACAGGAAGGAUUCAAAAAUGGAAAGUCAACUUUCUGACAAGACGAAUUGGUGGAAUAUCGUUUCUACGGCACCUUCUUUGAGCUUCAACUUUCAAUAACAUUCACCCGCCUGCACUAUUCCUCCCGAGAUUCUAACAAGUUAACAAUUUCAUAAAUGGACCCGUCGCGCUCCUUGCCUCCACCUUCCCCCAUCAUUCCAAACUUUUCUCUCCCUUCCACACCUCCCUCCACAUCGCCAUCGCCCAGCCUUGCAUCCACUGCUGUGUUCUGCUCCUUCCUCUCCCUGCUUUCCCUCCUGGGCAUCAUCGGCAACCUGUACACUCUGGGGCUCCUUCUGAGGCGCAGGAGGAGCAGGAGGAGAAGCGGAGUCGGACUAACAUGCUGCUUAAUGAGAGUACCUGCACCCUCCUGCCUUUCCAAUUCUUCCUCGCUCUCCCCCUCCUCCUCCCCGCUCUCCUCCUCUUCCUCCUCAUCCUCUCUUCACCUCCAGGUCCUGAGCCUGGCUCUAGCCGACCUGCUUUACCUGUUCACCGCCCCCUUCAUCGUCUACGACAGUCUGGCCUCCAACUGGGCCUUUGGCGAGCUGGGCUGCCGCCUCCUCUUGAGCCUGGACCUCCUCACCAUGCAUGCCUCCAUCUUCACCCUCACCGCUAUGAGUCUGGACCGCUACCGCGCCGUGGCGCACCCCCUGCACACCUCCUCCACCAACUCGUCGGGCCUUCUGCGAGUGAGCUUGGCUUGGGGGCUGGCGGUGGCAUUGAGCUUGCCCAUGAUGAUCACCCUGCACCUGGAGGAUGGGGAAAACCAGGAGGGUCAGCUGUGUGUACCCGCGUGGGACGAACAGAGCUCCAAAGCUUAUCUGAGCGUGCUCUUCUGCACAAGCAUUCUCGGUCCAGGCCUGGCUAUCGGAGCGCUCUAUGCUACUCUUGGCCGACUUUACUGGGUGUCUCAGACCCGGGCCCCGUGGGGUACGGGCACGAGUACUGCUUGCCCUGCCCGUGCUCCCAAACCCAAAGUCCUACUCCUCAUCUUGGGCAUCGUCCUGGCCUUUUGGGCUUGCUUCCUCCCUUUCUGGAUCUGGCAGCUCUUGCCUUUAUACAAGCCCGACAUGCUGAGGACUGUACCGGUGGGCACCCAAGUGACGGUGAACCGGAUCCUUACAGGGCUGACCUACGGAAACUCUUGUGUGAAUCCCUUCUUCUACACGCUGCUGACUGGGAAGCGAAGACCCAACCGCCAGACGCUGACAUCAGCGAAUCAACUCUGCCGCAAGAGCAGUCCGCUGCAGUAACCUUUCGUUGUAUCACCUGACACAAUAACGUGACCCUUCCGAAAUGGGUUUUCUCACAUAGACACUUACGAAAAAAGGUACUGUAAAUUAUUUAAUUAUUUUCAACAGACACCAAAGACCAAUGAUUCAGCUUGUUAACUGCACCAAACAAAUCACAGCACUUUGUAAAAGACUUUCCUAUAUGGUUCACAAUUAAUCAGUCUAUAAUUAUUUUUUUUUCAUUUUUUUUUCAAGUAGUGCAAAAACAACGACAUGACAAAUGACUAUGUAUUGCAUAACUCGUGGGUUUGUCUGCUGCUGGGUAAAAAUAUUGUAAAAAUGCAUCACUGUAGGUAAGUGGUUAAGAUUAUUAUUAUUAAGAUUAUUGUAGUUAAAUGAACCAAAUAAUGUCCGUAAGAAUGGCAUUUUCUCUGAUUGUUCCUUUACAGAAGGAAGACUUUGCAUGCACAAACAUUUCCAGUAAAAUAUUAAUGCACUUCUGCUCGUUUUCUGAGAAAAAAAAAAUGCCAGUAUUUUUUUCUUUGGAAGAAAUUUUCAGUUGUUGACUGGUCUCUAUCUCUGGGAUUUUUUGGAGGAAUUGUGAAUUCAGUUUUAGUGAGUCUUUUGUUUGCUUUUCUUAAACUUAAAAUAUACUUUAUAUUGCUAGAUUUGAACAUGCAAA